CAACAUCUAUUCGCCGACGUCAGCUUGUGGUGAGGAGUUUUCGCAACUGUGCAAUGCGGUUUUAGUGAAAUUCCACCAAAUUAUUUGUAUAAAAGUGUAGUUAUCUCGAAAAAUUUCUCUAUAAGCUUUUAUUAGCGUCCACGAAGAUGGCCACGGAAAGAAAAGGAACGUUCAAGGUGGAGUACCUGCAGAAAAUCGAACGGGAAAUGCAGGAGCGCUGGGAGCGAGAAAGACUACACGAAAAUGAUGCUCCCGCUGCUCAGAGGAAGAGUCCGGACGAUAAAUUCAUGGUAACCUUUCCCUUCCCGUACAUGAAUGGCAGGCUGCAUCUUGGCCACACUUUUUCGCUGUCGAAGGCAGAAUUUAUCGUACGGUACCAGCGACUUAAGGGUAAACAAGUUCUGUUUCCUUUCGGGUUUCAUUGCACCGGAAUGCCUAUCAAGGCUUGUGCUGAUAAGCUGAAACGGGAGAUGCAGGAAUUUGGUUGUCCACCUGUUUUCCCUAAGCAUGAGGAGGUGGUGGUGAUUGAAGAAAAGGACGUGAUUCCAAAAGACAAAAGUAAGGGUAAGAAGAGCAAGGCGGUUGCAAAAACUGGUGGUGCCAAGUAUCAGUGGCAGAUUAUGCAAAGCCUCGGAUUGAAAGAUGAGGAAAUCAAGAAGUUUGCUGAAACGGAUCAUUGGUUGGAGUAUUUUCCUCCACUUGCCAUACAGGAUUUGAAGGCUGCUGGGUGUCACAUUGACUGGAGACGAACGUUUAUAACGACCGAUGCAAAUCCGUUUUUCGAUUCUUUCGUUCGUUGGCAGUAUAAUCGUCUGAAGGCACGUGGAAAGAUUAUGUACGGUAAAAGACAUACAAUAUUUUCCCCAAAAGAUGGGCAGCCUUGCAUGGAUCAUGAUAGAUCAUCAGGCGAAGGUGUCGGACCACAAGAAUACACUUUGAUAAAAAUGAAACUUACUGGAAAACGCCCAAGCAAGUUGGCAGCCGUGAAAGCGCCCAUUUAUCUGGUCUGCGGUACUUUGAGACCUGAAACAAUGUACGGUCAGACCAACUGUUGGGUUCACCCCGAUAUCAAGUAUAUUGCCUUUGAAACCAACCGAAAUGGUGAGGUUUGGCUUUGCACACGACGGGCCGCUAGAAAUAUGUCAUACCAAGGCUUCACUACAGUUGAAGGUAAAAUCGCAGAAAUCGCCGAAUUGAUAGGUCAGGAAAUUCUAGGUUUAGCCCUGUCCGCUCCUCUGACAAUACACCAAACUAUUUACACUUUGCCGAUGCUGUCUAUUAGAGAGGAUAAGGGUACUGGAAUAGUAACAUCGGUUCCUUCGGAUUCUCCGGACGAUUAUGCCGCUCUAGUAGAUCUCCAAAAGAAGCCUGCUUUUCGUGAAAAGUAUUCCAUAGCAGAUGAAAUGGUUCUACCAUUUCAACCAAUUCCAAUUAUUGAUGUACCUGGUCUAGGAAACUUGAGUGCCGUUACCGUUUGUGAGCAGCUGAAGAUCCAAAGCCAGAAUGACCGUGACAAACUGACGGAAGCUAAGGAAUUGGUUUACCUUAAAGGGUUCUACGAUGGCGUUUUGUUAGUAGGAGAGCACGCAGGAAAAAAAGUUCAAGACGUCAAGAAAGAUUUGAAGACCUAUCUAGUCGGCCGGAACGAAGCAGAUACUUACUAUGAACCGGAAAAGUUGAUCAUGUCCCGUUCUGGGGACGUUUGCGUUGUGGCUCUGUGUGACCAGUGGUACCUAAACUAUGGUGAAGAAAGCUGGCAAAAGAUCGCCUUAGAUCACCUGCAGACAAUGGAGUUGUUCCAUGACGAAGUUAGGCGGAACUUUGAGCAUUGUCUCGAUUGGCUCCACGAGUAUGCAUGCUCGCGGACCUAUGGUUUGGGAACGAAACUGCCGUGGGAUGAGCAAUGGUUAAUUGAGUCCCUGUCAGAUUCUACGAUUUAUAUGGCAUUUUAUACUGUAGUGCAUCUUCUGCAGGGAGGCUCCUUCCACGGGGAGAAACCCAGCCCGUUAGGUAUCACCGCGGCGGACAUGACACCCGAAGUGUGGGAUUAUAUUUUCUUCAGCGAGGCGAAGUAUCCCAGUAAAAGCAAAAUUAAGAAAGAACAUAUUGAGAGACUGAAGAAGGAAUUUAAUUAUUGGUACCCAGUUGAUCUGCGAGUCUCAGGAAAGGAUCUCAUUCAAAAUCAUCUUACCUUUUUCCUGUAUAACCACGCGGCAAUAUGGCCCAACGAUUCAUCUAAAUGGCCACGAGGAAUCCGCUGCAAUGGCCAUCUGUUACUGAACUCGGCAAAAAUGUCCAAAUCUGAGGGCAAUUUUUUGACCCUCUAUGAAGCGAUCGCGAUGUUCAGUGCCGAUGGGACACGUCUUUGUUUGGCUGACGCUGGAGAUAGCAUAGAGGAUGCCAAUUUUGUGGUUAGCACUGCCGAUGCCGGAAUCCUGCGGCUAUAUACGUUUAUCGAGUGGGUUAAGGAGACGUUGGCUUCCAAAUUUGCCCUGCGGAAGGGAAAGCAGGAUGAUUUUAAUGAUGCCGUAUUCAUGAGCGAAAUGAAUCUAAAGACGAAAGAAACAGACGAGUUCUACCGUAAGAUGCUAUUUAAGGAAGCACUGAGAACAGGUUUCUUUGAAUUUCAGUCGGCUAGAGAUAAAUACAGGGAAUUUUGCGGAUCGUCAGGGAUGCAUGUAGACUUGGUGGUGGAGUUCAUUAGACGACAAGCUCUUUUGCUUGCUCCGAUUUGUCCUCACGUGGCGGAGCACGUCUGGGAGCUGCUGGGUAAUAAAUCCAGUAUAAUGAAGGCCACCUGGCCACAGAUUGGAGCGAUUGACGAAAAGAAAAUAAAAUGUUCCGCAUAUCUGUUGGACGCUGCCCAUUCUUUCCGUCUGAAUUUGAAAAGUGUAUCUCAGAUAAAAACUAAAGCUGGUAAGGCAGCUCCGCCACCGGUAACAAAGCCGACAGAAGCCACCAUUUGGGUGGCCAAAUCUUUCCCACCUUGGCAAUCGUGCGUGCUGAACACAAUGCGGGAAUUGUUCGAAAAAAAUAAGAGCUUACCUGACAAUAAAGUACUCGCAGCCGAGUUGGGCAAAAAGGAAAUUUUGAAGAAGUAUAUGAAACGUGUAAUGCCUUUUGCCCAGAUGGUGAGAGAGCGUGUUGAAUCUGCCGGUGGACCCGGUAAAAGUGCUAUGGAUGUGUCUCUGGACUUUGAUGAGCGAGAGGUUCUACAGAGAAAUUUAGAGUAUUUGAAGAACACAUUGGAGCUGGAAUCGCUCACUAUUGGAUUUACUGACCAAUCUGAGGCACCCGAAAAAAUUAAAGAAGAGGUUCGUCCCGGUGCACCGUAUAUUAUAUUCACGGUAAAACCUAGCGUGUCCGUUACGCUGGAGAAUCCCGUGGAGCGUUCUGGUCUUUUUACUGUUAAUUUACACCUUUCCGAAGGUGAUAGCAGUAGAACCUUCAAAGAGAAGUUGGCGAAGCAGAUUGGAUAUAAAGCUGAUAUUCAAGCUUUAGAAAUUCUGCGACAUGAAGAUCCGGUGCUCGGACCACGAAAACUUCCUGCUUUCCAGGACUAUCGCACUGGUAAGCUAACGCUUGAGGAUGGAACGCUCUCAAUUGAUACGGACAGGAAGCAGGUUUCUCUGACAAACGAUAAAGCUCAAAGUUUUAAUAUCGGAACUUCAUUUGUUUAUGUUAUUAAUUAGAUGCGUCGUAUUACAGGAGGCUCGUAUUAUUUGGAAGGCGAAAUAAAAUGGAUAAAUUUUGAA